ACCUCUUGCCUCAGGGGACACAACAGAUCACUCGGGACGUUAUGACGGAGUAUGGGAGUGGCCAAGUAUAGAGAUAACGCCCCACAGUACAGAAGAACAAAGAACUGCUCUUACGGCCAAACAGGUGGCUCUGCCGUCCAGGCCGGGGUAGUAGUGACCGAGGCUUGGGAACAGAACCAGUAAUGUCUCAGCCACAAUGACUGGAAUGGAGGAGAUAACAGGUGAUUCCUCAACAUUAUCUGCCAAGCUCAGUAUCCACAAGAGGCCUCCCCCUAUCCCUGGCCCUGCAGCAAUGGGACAGAGAGCAGAACCCCAGCCCCACUCUCUAGUCGCUCUAUUAAUAUCAGGAGCGUUGGGGAGACUUGUCUCCUGGGAGAGGACUAUGCCUGUAUGGGGGGCUUAAAGUGUUUUCUUGCUGUUGACAUUGGAUUAGAUUAAAGGCUUGAAAGUCAUCAUUAAAUAUUGUUUUCUAUGAUCCCUUUUUGUUAUUUUCUCAACUCGGUUAGUGUCUCCCUCUAGCUGGGCUCGGCCAGGGUAUUGUGUUAGCCCUUCUAUGGGCGCCAUCCCCCCAGUUGCAAACUGGUCUACGGUACUUUUCUGUCCCAUCAGCCACCCAGAGACAACACCACACUGACCGCACCAGCAAGUUUCAGCCACAGCAUCACUUUUCGCCCCUUUUUCCAAUUGCCCAUCGAGCGACAUUGACGUACAGUGCUGCCAACUGGGCACCGCAGGAGGAGCUUGGGGUGGGUGGCUCUCCAUUUGACUGACGUGAUAAGAAGCGUAAAAGAAGCAAAAUGUCUGCCCCCUGGAAAUUGUGCCCCCACCCCAAUGAUUGCACCCUAUGCAUGUGCCUAUUCCUGCCCUCUGGGGCACAGAAUCUAUUGACCCGAGUACAUUAGGAGAUGGGAUCAUCACUUAGAGUUAUUGCUUCAUCAGAGCCUUCUAGUCUAUAGCUUCCCCCCUACCCUUUUGUGGGAUUAUCUCUUCAUUAGUUGGGAUUAUUCUCACUGCUGAUGGAUUAUCGUUCAGUUUCCUUUAUCUCUUCUAUUCAACCUUUACCUCCCGUCCUCCUUAUGCUCUUGUUUUUGUAUUAUUUCCGACGCCUCGUCCACCGCACACCCUAUAUGUUAUUAUCUGAUCAGAUUUAUUUGGUUGAUUAGAGAAAAGAAAAAGCAGAGAUUCCAAACUGUUAUUUUUUGCUGCCAAGGAACCAGCUAAGGAAGGUUUCAGUAGCCGGACUGAGUGAGGGUGUAGGGGUCGGUCUGGGCUCACAGACACUACUACUUCAGGCAAUGGGGCUCUUUAUUGCACUAUUAACUACAUGGUGUCUCAGAGUUUCUAUGGGAACCAGCCUGCACUUAGCGGUUCUGCCUGCAGAGGGUGCCAGUGUUGGGCACUGCCGCUUACUGGAACAUGUGGGUACAGCUGGGCAGUCUUCCCUGUAUAACGAGACUAACAACAUGGGGUUAUUGGCAGCCGCCUGUAUAAGCCAGAAUGGGAACAGUCCCUGGUGGUUUGAUUCUUUCUGCCAACCACAAAGGCAGCUUCCAAAGGGGCCAAUCACAUGACAUUCUGGGUGGGCCAUUGUAGGGGCUGGGCCAAUGGGGUGCCAAUUGGUGCUUUGGGCAAUGACACAUGAGAUUAGUGACCCCAUAAUUAAAAUGAACCCUCUCUAGCGGUGGCAACUAAUGCCCUCUGAAUGCUUUCCCAGUGGGGAUACUGUCAAUGGCUGCUGGGAACCCACGGGUGUUGCUUUGCCCCACAAGAAACCUUCAGAGAUUUACAUUAUUGUCGGUGGGAAAAAAUUCAGCGGAGAUUAAUUAUGGGGUAACUAAUCUCCUCAUUGCCCUUACAGGGGGGCUUGGGGGCAGCUAUGCCCAUUGUGUUACAGGGGGGCCGGGCUUUGUUUCCCCUUACACUAGGGGCCAAUUACCUUAUCAAUUUAGAUUAAAUACAGAAAUAUCAUUGUGUUUAACCUUUUCAUCUAGAAAUUCACCUGAUAAUAAUAAUAAUAAUGAGAAAAGGCCCAACUCACACACAGACAGUGGGACAUUCAUGUUAAACAGGUGCCUGAGGGAGUGAGGCUGCACCUUUAUUGUGUUACAUAGUUUCCCCCCAGGGGGCAAAUGAAGGCUCCACCCUUCCUGCCCAGGGGGCAAAUUAAGGCUCCACCCUCUCGUUAUCCCAUGCUAAUUACCUGCCUUUGAUAAACAUGUGACUAUGCUAAUGAAGGGCGUUAGAGUACAGGAACCCAUCAGCCUUCCUUUCCAUAUUGUGGGAGGAACCUUUUCCCCCAAACAAAGGCCCCGCCCAUAGGGGGUGGGAUCCAAAAUGGGCUAAAAAGCUGCGGGAAUGAGAGCUGAGUUAGUUUGGGGAAGAGACGUGUGGGUACAGGGUACAGGGGCUCUGCAGGCUAAUGAGGAGACUCUGCCCAAGGACAGAAGAGGCACAGAAGUCCCAGGAGCUGACAAUUCUCUGAUUCUUUGGAUAAAGACAAGAGGCCAUUAGACCGUGCAACUUCUCCAACACCAGGAAAUCCACACAUUGGAGAGAAAAAUCUGUAUCAGACUGAGAAAAAGCUUUAGUGCAAUGAGCAUUCCCAACUCCCAGAUGGAACUUCCCUCAGUGGCACAACAUGAAUGCCCAGAAUCUGGGAAAAGAUUCUCGGAAAAAAACAAACUUAUUAUUCAUCACAGAGUCCACACUGGGGAGAAACCAUUCAUGUGCACGGAAUGUGGGAAAAGUUUCAGGCUAAAGCAAUGUCUUACAGAACACCAAUUAUUUCACACGGGGGAGAAACCAUUCAUGUGCACGGAAUGUGGGAAAAGUUUCAUGCGAAAGCAACACCUUACAGCACACCAAUUAAUUCACACGGGGGAGAAACCAUUCAUGUGUACGGAAUGUGGGAGAAGUUUCAGGCAAAAGCAAAUGCUUACAGAACACCAAUUUAUUCACACAGGGGAGAAACCAUUCAUGUGUACGGAAUGUGGGAAAAGUUUCAGGCAUAAACAGGCCUUUGUACAACAUCAGUUAAUUCACACAGGGGAGAAACCAUUCAUGUGCAAAGAAUGUGGGAAAAGUUUUAGAGUAAUGCAAAUCCUAACAGAUCACCAGAGACUUCAUACAGGGGAGAAACCCUAUGCAUGUACAGAAUGUGAUAAACAAUUCAAUAAAAGGAGUAACCUUCUCAGCCACCAGAAGAUUCAUACAGGGGUAAAACCAUUUGUGUGCUUGGAAUGUGGGAAAACCUUCUCCAACAAGAGCAACUAUCAGAGGCACCAGAGAAUUCACACAGGGGAGAAACCCUAUGCAUGUACAGAAUGUGAUAAACAAUUCAAUAUAAGGAGUAGCCUUCUCAGCCACCAGAAGAUUCAUACAGGGGUAAAACCAUUUGUGUGCAUGGAAUGUGGGAAAAGCUUCUCCAACAAGAGCAACUUUCAGAGGCACCAGAGAAUUCACACGGGGGAGAAACCAUUUUCUUGCACAGAAUGUGGGAAAUGUUUCACCACAAAGAGCCAGCUUAGCAGCCAUUACACUGUUCACACAGGGGAGAAACCAUUUUCUUGCACAGAAUGUGGGAAACGUUUCACCACAAAGAGCCAGCUUAGCAGCCAUUACAUGAUUCACACAGGGGAGAAACCCUUUGCUUGUGCAGAUUGUGAGAAAAGAUUCGCUUCAAAGAGAACUCUUACCAAACACCAGAGAAUUCAUGUGCGAGAGCAACUUUCAUGUGUAGGGAAUUUGGGAAACCUUAUACUGCAAAGUCCAACCAGCAACACCAUCAAAAAAUUAUAGGAUUAAAAAAAUGUAGCAAUUAAAUUGAGAUAUUAACCUGUA